AUGUUGAUGAAGCCCAUUUUUUUCUCCCGGUUUACUCCUAUUCCGGAAGAUUUAGAAUUACAAAAUGAAGCCUUAGAUAGGGCUUAUGGUAAUUUAGAUUUUGAUGAAUUUGAAAAUUUAGAAGUAGAAGAAGGAGAGGAAUUAGAUUUAAAUGAGACACCUACUAGUCCCGUUACCGGAGCUCCAACUUGGACUACAUCUCAGUCUGAAGCUGGUUUUCCCUCUAAACCUCCUACUCGGGGUACGACUAAGGCGCAACGUCCUAGAACUAGUCCCGUAUGGAAAUUCAUGACUUUAGAUGAUACUAAAACUCAGGCUAUUUGUCACAAAUGUAAAGGAGUUAUAAAACACGGAAGCAGUGGAGGGGCGGGUGGGUCGGGUGGGUCGGGUGGUUUAGAUAGACACUUGAGAACAUGUGUUGGAAAACCAUACUUUGAUGCUCGAUUAGCAGCUGGACUUAAAAACACACCGCCCGGCGCUAGUAGUGCCGCUCCUGGUGGAUCCAUUGGGAGAUCUAAUAUGGUCCAACAAACUUUAAAUUCUUCUAACCCCGCUGUCACUCAAAUUGCUUAUAAUAAAGUUAGAGAUCGUGAAGAACUAGCUAAAAUGGUUGCGGUUUGUGGCUUGCCUUUUAGUUUUCCUUCUAACCCCGAUUUUGUGCAUUAUAUUAGAGCUAUGUAUAACCUUAAUUUUCAAGGCAUUCCUAGAUCCACUGUUACAACCGACGUUUUUAAAUUUCAAAGUGAUUAUUGUCAAUAUAUGCGUUGUGUGUUCCAUCACUUAGAUACUAGAGUGUCUGUCACUUCUGAUAUAGGUCGCAGUGUUAAUAGCAAUGAUUAUUUAUGUGUUACGACACAUUGGAUUGGUCAUAAUUGGAAUAUGCAAAAGAGUAUACUUGAUUAUAAAUAUACUGAUGAGAAAAAAACAAGUUCUUAUAUUUCUACAAAUGUUCUAGACAUUUUGCAAUUAUAUGGUCUUGUUGACAAAGUAUUAAUUGUUACACUUGAUAAUGCUUCUUCCAGGACUAAGAGUGCUGAACUUAUGGCUAUAAGAAUUUGCCCAAUUAACCUUGAUAUUUUUCAUGUCCGAUGUGCAUGCCAUGUUUUUAAUUUAGUUGUAAAAGAUGGUCUUGAUUUAUUUGAGGGUUCUCUACAAAAAAUACAAUAUGCUUGUCAAUAUGUUUUUAGCGCUCAUAAGCAAAGCAGAAUUAAUUUGUGUAAUUUGUUUAAAAAAUAUUAUGUUGAGCAAAAUUUGCCUGUUAGAAAAAUUCCAAAAGAAGUUUGUACUAGGUGGAAUUCUUUAUGUGAAUGCUACUUGUUGUUCACCAAUAUCAAAAACCCCUUCAAUAUGUUUCUAAUGCACACCAUUAUCAUCCCCAUGAACAAAUACAAGAUAGUGAUUGGAAUGAAAUUGAAUGACUAUGUAUUUUUUUAG